CAACAAAGUUACCGCGAGAGCGAAUCGAUUCGGCUCUUGUAUAUUUGGCUCUCGCGGUACUUGGAAGCACUGAUCGGUCUUUGUCCUUGAGAAGCAACACUGAGCUAAAGUUAUAUCAAAAACAAGCGCUUCGUAUGCUUUAAAUUUAAACAAGACAUUUCGCUUUCAUUUUGUCGUGUUUAUAAACAGAUUCAUAUAGGCCUACAGAGCAAACUGCUGCAACUGUUUCCAGUCCUCUGUAACCAUACUGCUAUUGCCUAUUAACCUUGUGUUAUACACUUUGGUGAAAAACAACAAAGAAGCCCACACUGAUUAAAAUGCUCCAAAUAUAAUUUAAUAGUGCAACGUUUUGACUUCAAAUGUCAAAACAUUGUACUAUUACAUUAUAUUUGGAGCAUUUUAAUCAUUGUGCCAGCUUCUUUGUUGUUUUUUUCUGUGAUUUAUUAUUCGCUGCCAAGCACCUGAACCCAAUUCUUAGGGGUUUGGAUGUGCAGAGCCAUUUUGCAUUCUUUAGUUAUACACUAUUGUAUCAUAAAUCUUUUUUAUCUGGUUCUAGAUCUAUUUAACAAUGGACAGUAAAACACAUUCAGGAACCAAAUCGAGACCCUUUCAAGUAACAACAUUAUUCAAACAGGAAGAGAAGUGUUCGGAUUCUGGACAGGUGACCUAUAGAAUUCCAUCUCUCAUUUAUAUCAGUGACAAUCAAACCUACCUUGCCUUUGCUGAGAAACGAAAAACAGCAGAUGAUACAGAUGCUGAUGUCCUGGUGAUGAGAAAAGGAAUGUGGAAGGAUGGAGAGGUUGAGUGGGAUAAUAACCAUGAAGUGCUCACUUCGGCUUGCCUACCAAACCACCGCAGCAUGAAUCCAUGUCCGGUCUAUGAGAAAAGAACCAAGACCCUGUUCUUGUUUUUCAUCUCAGUUCCAUUUGGAGUUUCUGAGAAAGCCCAAAUAAAGAAAAAUAAAAACCAGGCACGUCUUUGUUAUGUAACCAGCAAGGACACGGGCGAAACCUGGAGCCGUAUCACAGAUUUGACUACAGAUGUGAUCGGUGACCAGGUCAAGACCUGGGCUACCUUUGCGGUUGGCCCAGGGCAUGGUAUCCAAAUGCGGAGUGGGAGAUUGAUUAUUCCGGCCUAUGUGUAUCAUUGCCACUUAGAUCAUAAGCCCACACCUUAUGCUUUUGCAUUUUACAGUGAUGACUGCGGAAGCACUUGGCAUGUUGGAGAGCGAUUGGCUGAUGAGUCUUGUGAGUGUGAGAUGGCUGAGAUCAUAGACCAUGACGGUACGAGCCAUCUGUACUGCAAUGCUCGUAGUACGUCCGGCCACAGAGUUGAGGCUCUGGUUGAAGAAGCUUUCGACAAACCUUCAUCUGCAUGUAAGCUGACUGAGACCGGAUAUGGUUGCCAGGGCAGCGUGUUAAGUUUUGCCCCUGAUCAAGGAUCGGAAAACACAUGGCUGCUCUACUGCCAUCCAACCAAUCCACGGCAGAGAAGGUCCCUUGGGGUCUACUUGAAUAAAUCUCCAUUGGAUGCAUCAGGAUGGGUAGAUCAAAAAUUGAUAAUCCAUCAUGGUCCCAGUGGAUACUCGGAUCUGGCUCAUUGUGGAGAUGGAGAACAUUUUGCCUGUCUUAUAGAGUGUGGAGAGAAAAGUGAGGUCGAACAGUUGGCCUUUGUUAUUUUUAAGCUUUCUGAUGUCAUUCAAGCCAAGAAUACUGAAUGAGAGAAAACACAGCAUUCUGGGGGAAAAACUACUUUACUUUCAUUAAAAAAUAUGUAAUGACUGCUA